AUGUCCCAGCUACCAGCAGAUCUAGUUAAUGUUCCGUCCGAAUUAUUUCCACAAUCAGAUGACCACAAAUACCUCCAUGCCAGUCACAAGGAUCGAUGGGAGCAUCUUAAAUCUGUGGUUAUCCAGUUAUAUACUGGCAAUUAUGGCAAGAACAACAAUCCACCCACCAUCGUCCAGAUUGUUUAUUUUAUGAAGAAGCACUACUCAUUCCAUGCCGCGGCUAACGAAUAUCCUCAUCGUUUCCGGGCGUGGGGGGUGAGCGACCGGCGUUUGACGAAAGCCAUGGUUGACGAUAUCGCUGCUGCUUUUGGUAGGCGCGUUGCAGCUGGGAUUAGUACUUCCAGAGUCAAGCUAAAGCGCGGUGCGAGGGAAGAACAGCUUGACGUACGGCGAGUUAAACGGCAUCUCGAAUGUGACAAUUCCUCUAUAAACCCCGAGAUGAUGCAAUUGGGGUGGCUUUCAUCUUGGGCGUUACCAUACGCUGCGUUUGUGUCAGCAUUGCCGAAGAACCCCGAUGCUCCCUCUCCGUACGGUACACAAGCAACGACCCCCGAUUAUCUAAGGAUUAAUGACUCUGGAACAACUUGUACACAUGAUGAAAGGAUCCCCCAAUCUCCAAAUACGGAACUUCUUCUUCAGAAGGCGAGAAAUGAUCGGACAAGUCUUUUUCUCCAAGGACGUUUGGGAGACCUUAUGGUUUGCAUGAGCCAAGAGGAUCGGAGAAUUUGUGUUGAUUACUUUCACGAGUUCUACAUGCAUGGCUUCGUCACUGCUAAGAGCUGGGGGUAUCCCCCGCCAACCGUCGAUGUGCACACACCAUCUGGCUUUACACAUUCAACCUUCAGCCCAUUGUUGCCGGAUGCCGCAUGCGAUUCGAAUAGAGCUAUCCAUCCAACCAACUUAUGUUCGUGGUGUACUCACGUCAAGGACAUCCAGCGGGAGUCGCUUCCAAAACAGCUCCCGUAUCAAAGCUCUACAUCCAUGUCAUUCCCGGACUGUCUUUAUACCUCUAUUACAACGGGAGACUUCACAGAACUCCGGAAUGGCGAUUUGCCUCUUUCCCAUGACACCAUUAUCCAAUCUUUGAAACAAAACCCCAUAGCUCUUAAAGUGGACUCUUGGCGACUGGCUAUCAUGGCAGGCAAUGCCAAUUUGCUAGUCGAUGUGUAUCGCAAUAUUGAGGAGGAAUACGACUGGAACAAAGAAUGCGACGAGGAGAGAAAUAACUUUCAGGAAAAAUACUAUUUUGAUCGGGAAUCUGACAUUGAUGGGGAAAACGACGUUCGGGAGCAAUUAAGAAUUCCCCAAGAGAUCGAGUCAACAUACCCAUAUCACCUUGCUGCCUCAUUUCUUAAUGCAGGUGGUCCCUGUUGCAAAGUGUUUGAAUCCUUAGAAACCGCAUUACCCCGAUCAUAUUUGGUUCGCCAUAACAUCAGCGACAUUGGACACACGAUUCUGGAUUCCCUGUUGGUUUCUGUCCUGCGUUCACACACGACUGUGCAGCCUGAGAUAGUCAGUGAUGAGUUUCGAGCACUCUUGAGAUUCCCAGGCGAAGAAAACGAUAUCUGUGGCAGGUGGGACGCUGAUAGUCCCGAGGUGCGUGGGUUGUUUGCGGAAGGUUAUGCACGGAUUCCUACUAGAUGGAAGCAUCCGUUUUGCCAUUCUUCUGUCCGAGCAGUAUGUCACUGCACGAUGAGAAUAUUUGGGGAUCUAACCUGUGCCGAUAUAAACUGUCCCAGCGGUCUUUUCAUACGUCGUUGCACAGAGUGCGGUAUCGAGCUCAGGCUGGGACCACUUCAUACAGUUGUUGCAACGGCCUUCUUUCUGGGACAGUCUGGCAUGGCGGGGGAGACACUGUUUGGACCCCUAGCCAUUUUAGUAUGUCUUGUCAACAUGGGCGCCUAUGUCAACCUGAGAGUCGACAUGUCGGUUGAGGAGAUAUUACGGACCUCGGAAACGGGACAGUGCCGCCACAGGCUAAUGAAUGCCGCUGAGAUGAUGCAGUGUGUCCCUGCCAGCGUUAUCCAAGGCUGGAGCGAGUCUUGUCAGGCUGGCUGGGCCUGUAUGCUGCUUUUAUUACGCUUCGCUCAGGCUCAUCCGGUUUACACGUGUCAAUUAGACAUGGACGCCAUUAAUAGUCCAGCAGACAGAUUCAUGGAACCCCAAUGUGAUCUGCGGGAGUUCCACGAUUCUUCAAACUUUGGAUGUGCCAACCAAACAGUUGGGCUUUUGUGGGCCAUGAUACAAGCAGAGAUGUUAACGUAUCGACGGUUGGAGGUUAACGACCCCUGGAUCUCCAACAAUUUCCAGAUGGUGGCACUGCAGACAUGGCUCAAGGGUGAGACAAAAGACUUCAACACGCCGCUUGUGAGCGGAGGUCAGAUAAAGGCCCAUACAAGAUGUGGGUGGUUUCUAGAUGAUCAUGGAAGCGCUUGCGUUUAUGCCAUAGCAUCCGAUGUUUGUAAGGCCUGGUUUGCCAACUUUGACGAUUAUGCAAGGACUACGUUUGUUCAUUAG